UCACUAUUUAAUUGUCGCUAAUUUAUUUAAAUACAAUGGAUCCACGUUUGCAUAGAAGAUCCGAGCCGGAAAAGGGACCGAACGAUUUGAUUGUAGAAUGGUUAAAUGAGGCUUCCAUGAGUCUUACUGAGGAAAUUAAAGUUGCAAACAUAUGUAAAGUACAAGAGAUUUUGUUGAAUAAGGAACCACACUUGUUAGAACCUUAUUUAGAUGAUGUUCUACAAUUUGCGAUCGAUAGAAAUGCUGAAGUCAGAAAGACAGUUACAGGAUUUAUUGAAGAAGCUGGAAUAAAAUAUCCAGAGGUAAUUCCUCGGAUAGUACAAAUACUUCUUAGAUUAGCGUCAGAUGAAGCGUCAGCUGUAGCUAAACGAGCGCUUAGAGCCAGCAGUAGAAUACUAAGAGCUGCUCUCAAAUGGAUUUCCAGUGCUCCUGUUGUUACAUCAGAAAUGGAAUUGGCGUGGACCCAGCUAAGUGCUCUUAAAAUUCAAAUUAUAAAUAUGAUUGACAGCGAUAAUGACGGGAUAAGAACACAAGCUGUAAAAUUUCUGGAGGGUGUAGUCUUAAUACAAACAUAUCCAGAUCCUGACUGUCCAAAAAAAUCUGAUGACUUUUCCUUGGAAGAUAUUCCAUUAACAUUAAAAAUAGCUCGUAGACGAAAAUUAGAAGAAGAAGCGAAUCAUGUCAUGGAUUUGCUUAUUAAAUUUCAUGGAUCACCGCACGUUAGCAGUGUCAAUUUAAUGACAUGUAUGGGAUCUUUAGCAUUAAUUGCCAAAAUGAGACCACAGUUUAUGCCAAAUGUAAUUCAAGCCUUGCAGAGGUUGCAACAUGAUCUGCCACCUACGCUAUCUGAUUCUCAAGUAACUAGCGUACAGAAACAAUUGAAACUCACACUUCUUGGACUAAUGAAACAUCCUGCUAGUAUAGAGUAUGCUUCAACCAUAGCUAAACAGCUGGCACAACUUGGUGCAAAAGAGCAGGAAAUUAUUAAAGCUUACCCAAAACCGGAAGAUGUUCGUCGUAUGAAAAAACGUCAACAGGAGAUGGCAUCUGCUAGUGCUGCAAAACGAGUAAAAAUUGAAGCUUUAAUAUCGGAUGAAGUCGAAGUGACACCGAGCCCUGUUCCUGUGCCCAAAUUGCCAGAAUUAAUUGAACUUUCCGAAAAUUUCAUCGCAGAGAGACUCAGUGUAGAAAUCGCGACAGAUUUAGUGAUGGACAGCAUGGCUUGGGUUCCGGACACUAUGACCACAAUUUUUCAAAGAGAAUAUCAACCGACAGCAACUACCGAUAUUAAUAUACAACGGCAAACAAUUGCUAAACUUUUAGCAGCACAAAUCAAACAGACUAAAGCGAAGAAGAGCAAGAAAGAUGCCAAGGAAGAAGAUGCCGUAAUGGAAGACUUAAUUAAGAAUCCCACUAUUAGCGUAGCUGAGGCGAAGCGUGAGCGUAAACGCGAAAAAGAUCGUGAGAAAGAGAAGGAAGCGAAAGCAUCGUUAGAGGCUCACGAAAAAUCGCUAGCAAAAGCUAGAAAUCGUUUGAAAGCGUUGAAAUUAGUUGAAGUAACAAAACCACUUUCUAAAGAAACCAAGGAACGAAUGUUACUGAUGGCAGUCAAUAGGAUAUUACUUUCGGAAAAGACGGCAGUUCUUGGUGGUGUAGCUGCUGUAAGGUCCAAAAUUCUGACCACACUUGCAGCCACUUUUAAUCCUUAUAUUAAGGAAGCUGUGCUGCGUUAUAUUACUGAUGAUAUGCGAAAUCGAUUAGACUUAGCGCUAGGCUGGUUAUAUGAAGAGUAUGCAUUACUGCAGGGAUUUCAAAGACGAACUACGUUAUGUACAAAACCUCAGGAAGCUCCGCAUCAAGCAUAUAACUUUUUAUUGUGCACUUUGGUCUCAGCUAUUGAUUUGGUUCCAGGAAAAGAUCGCGAUACCUUGUUGUCCAGGUUAUAUCUAGAAGCGCCAUUAAUAACAGAAGAUGCCGUAGAGGCCUUAAAAAUGGUAUCUUCCGACGAAACUAGAGGUCUUGCACCAUUGCAGCUUUUGAAGGAAAUGGUAGUGCGUAGACCGACAAAACAAUUGGUGUUUUUAAAUGUUUUGUUAUGCCAUACGGGACACGAAAACAAUACGAUACGAGAGGCUGCAAUACAAUUAGUCUGUCAGUUGUAUAGCAGGCCGGAAUUAAGCAAACUGAUCGAGGAGUACGCAGUUUUGUAUCUAGGCUUUUUACGCCUUCAUAAUCCACCCGAAAUUGUUUUUGGACAAGAUCGAGGAAGACCACAAAUCGAGAAUCUGUGGACCGAAUCAACUACACGUGCCUGCCUAGGAUUAUAUCUUGCUCUCCUCAGUGAACAUCAAGAUCUCAUUCAUGAAUUAGCGAGAGUAUAUACAUCCAUGGGAGCAGAUGUGAAACGUAUUGUAUUAAGACUGGUAGAAGGACCGGUGAGAUCUUUGGGUAUGGGUAGUCCGCAAUUACUGGCACUUGUUGAGAAUUGUCCGAAAGGAUCUGAGACUUUAGUCACGAGGAUCAUACAUAUUCUUACAGAGAAAUCUGCCCCAAGUGCAGAACUGGUGGCUAGAGUGCGAGAGUUGUAUCAAACGAGAGUCUCCGAUGUCAGAUUCUUAAUACCUGUUCUCAAUGGACUCACAAAAAAAGAAGUGAUUGCUGCACUUCCAAAAUUAAUAAAAUUAAACCCUAUUGUUGUAAAAGAGGUGUUCAACAGAUUACUUGGAACACAUAACAAUGACAGCGGUGUACCUCAUACGUCGCCUAUUACACCUGCAGAAUUGUUAAUAGCUUUACACAAUAUAGAUCCAAGCAAAGCUGAAUUAAAGACUGUUAUCAAAGCAACGUCCCUUUGCUUCGCUGAGAAGCAAGCGUACACGCAAGAAACAGUCGCCGUUGUGAUGCAACAUCUUAUGGAGAUGACACCCUUGCCGACAUUACUGAUGCGCACAGUUAUACAAAGUUUGGCUCUUUACCCCAGACUAAGUGGAUUUGUCAUGAAUAUACUUCAACGUUUAAUUCUAAAACAAGUGUGGAAACAGCCGAAAGUGUGGGAAGGUUUUGUCAAAUGCUGCGAACGCACGCAGCCGCAAAGUUUCGCCGUUAUAUUGCAAUUACCACCGGCACAGUUAGCAGAAGCGCUCCGAAUGGCCAGCAAUUUACGCGCCCCUUUAUUAGCCCAUGUUGAAGCUUUUGCUGAGAAUCAAAAGGCACACAUUCCACAGUCGAUAAUGGAUGUCAUACAGGGUAAAGUGCCCUGUGAUAUACAUGAUGAAUUUGAUAUUGCACCACCUGGUGAUUAUACAAAUGAUCAAAAAUCAGAUACAAUGGAUAUUGAUCUUUCAGAACCAGCUCCUCCUGGUUUAGAAUAGCAUAAAUCAUUCCAGUAUUAGGAUCAGAAGCAUCACCUAUCGGGUAUCCUAAUAUUAACGAAUCCGUAUUAUAAUUGUGCAGUAAAUUUAAAAAAAAAUUUUUUUUUUUUUUGCGUUACAUGUAUUAGUUAUACAAUGCAUUGAUAAUGGUCCUAAUUUAUGUCUCCAUUUGGUAUUAAGUAUAUUUUUCAAGUUCGAGAGUUAUUUAACUUUAAAUGUGUGACU